GGGCCAGCCCGAGGCUGAUGGCGGCUGCGGCGGUUCUUCUACUACCUCUUGGGCGGCUGCGGCGCUGACCCGGAGCGGAGGCGAGGCGGGCGGUGCCCGGGGGUUCGGCUGGGCGGCGGAGCAGAGCGGCGGCCUCGCUCCCAACAUGCACAGCCUGGCGACGGCCGCGCCUGUGCCUACUGCACUGGCUCAAGUAGACAGAGAAAAGAUCUACCAAUGGAUCAAUGAGCUGUCCAGUCCUGAGACAAGAGAAAAUGCUUUGCUGGAGCUCAGUAAGAAACGAGAAUCUGUUCCAGACCUUGCCCCUAUGCUCUGGCAUUCAUUUGGCACUAUUGCAGCUCUCUUGCAGGAAAUUGUAAAUAUUUAUCCAUCCAUCAAUCCACCCACUUUGACAGCACACCAGUCUAACCGAGUUUGCAAUGCUCUGGCAUUACUACAGUGUGUCGCAUCACACCCAGAAACCAGGUCAGCAUUUCUUGCAGCACAUAUUCCACUCUUUUUGUACCCCUUUUUGCACACUGUCAGCAAAACGCGUCCUUUUGAGUAUCUUAGGCUAACCAGUCUUGGGGUUAUUGGGGCCCUGGUGAAAACAGAUGAGCAGGAAGUCAUCAACUUUUUAUUGACAACCGAAAUUAUCCCUUUGUGUCUGCGCAUUAUGGAAUCUGGAAGUGAACUUUCUAAAACAGUUGCCACAUUCAUCCUCCAGAAAAUCCUCCUAGAUGACACCGGUUUGGCUUACAUAUGUCAAACAUACGAGCGUUUCUCUCAUGUUGCCAUGAUCUUGGGUAAAAUGGUCCUGCAGCUAUCCAAAGAGCCCUCUGCCCGUCUGCUGAAGCAUGUAGUGAGAUGUUAUCUUCGACUCUCAGAUAAUCCCAGGGCCCGUGAAGCGCUCCGCCAGUGCCUCCCUGACCAGCUGAAGGACACAACCUUCGCCCAGGUGCUAAAAGAUGACACCACCACCAAACGCUGGCUGGCACAACUGGUGAAGAACCUGCAGGAGGGCCAGGUCACCGAUCCCCGCGGGAUCCCUCUGCCCCCCCAAUGACCGACCCUUGAUCCCUCCCGCUACUCCCCCAAGUUGGGGGGCUAGCUGCAAGGAAAACAGCUCAGGUUUUAUGGCGACUGACCCGGACUAGAGCACUUUCGUGCUGAAAUGCUCUGGAGAAGGGCCCAGGAGUUCCAUGUGUGGGGCCAAGACUGUCGGGACCUGGGUGCCCUCUGCUCCUCCCCAGAAGGGGGCUCCCGCCAGCAGGCUGCCACCCCGGCCCCAGGAGGGUGUCAACACCAGCAGGUGCUGUAUUUGCAGCACACCCCAGAUGACCCUCUCUCCCACCAAGCCCUGGGCCAUGGCCCUGUGCAGGGCGGGAGGUGGGGCAGCCGCAGCACUCUAGCCUGGUGAGCACCUGGGACCAAGCCAUGGACCUGCUCGUUCUUCCACCUUCCCGGAAGACUCAAGAUGGAUCUCUUCAUUCUCUCUCAGUAUUUGUUUACUUUGGUCUUUUGGUUUUGAUCUCAGAGAGAGGUCUGUGUCGUGGACACACCGCUGUACUCCUCAGCCAAACUUUGUCAAUUGGCGCUGUUUACAAGUUUGUUCGCUGCAUAAGCUCAAUAAAAAGUUGGUCUGGGCAUUACAUCCAUCCCCUCCAGCA